UUCAGUUUAUCAAUUCCUUCGUUGAAUAUCCUACAGAAGAGCUGGUCUCUUUGUGCUUUCUCUACUCUAUUCUCUCUUUAUUGUUAUCAUUAUCAUUAUGAAGACCGUCGUCGCUCUUUCUUUUGUUGGUGCUGCUUUGGGAGCGCCCACCAGGACCAUUGAGAACCGCCAGUUCGGCAAUCUGGGCAGCGGUUUGGGAUCUAGCAGUGGCCUGGGUGCUCUGUCUUCCCUCAUUCCCAGCUCCGGCAGCGGUCUCAGCGGUCUCAGCGGACUCGGUUCCCUAGGAGGAUCUAGCAGCGAGAGUGGCCUUGGAGCCCUUGCCUCUCUCCUCCCCAGCUCGGGCAGUGGACUGAGUGGUCUCAGCGGCCUCGGGUCCCUGGGAGGUUCCAGCAGCGACAGCGGUCUUGGUGCUCUGGCCUCUCUCCUGCCUAGCUCAGGCAGCGGCCUCAGUGGCCUCGGUGACCUCAGCAGUCUCAGUUCCCUUGGUGGAUCGAGCAGCGACAGCGGCCUGGGUGCGCUGUCAUCUUUGAUUCCCAGCCUGGGCUCAGGUCUGAGUGAUUCCACUUCCGGUUCCGGCAUCAGCAGCCUGCUUGGAGGCCUUUCUAAGCGGCAGCUCACAGGCUCGAUUACUGCCAACGACGUCACCGAUAAGGCAAGCUGCAAGGAGCUUACCUUUAUCUUUGCGCGUGGUAGCGACGAAAUGGGUAAUAUGGGCUCUGUCGUUGGUCCGCCCGUUGCUACCCAACUGAAGUCGUUGACUGGCAACAAGGUCAAUGUCCAGGGUGUGACAUAUGCUGCGACUGCUGAGAGCAACAUGGCGCUUGGUGCUAACGGCGGCCCUAUCAUGGCCAAUCUGGUCGAGACCGCUCUCAAGCAGUGCCCAGACACCAAGGUCGUUCUUGGAGGUUACUCGCAGGGCUCGAUGGUCGUACAUAACGCAGCAAGCCGUUUGACCGCAGACCAGGUCGCUGGCGCUGUGCUCUUCGGUGACCCUUUCAAGACUCAGGCUGUCGGCAAGCUGGCCAGCAGCAAGGUCAAGGAAUACUGUGCUAGCGGCGACCCUGUCUGCGAGAAUGGAUUUAACGUGAUGGCACACUUGACUUAUGGCAGCGAUGCCAAGGAGGCGGCGCAAUUUCUCAUUCAGGCGGCCGGAAUUUCGAAUUCCUCCUGAGUCAUCCGGGAUACCUAAAAGGGGUAAAUGGUGGAGUUUAUUGGGUGAGAAAGGGUGGAUAUGAUUUGUUCUGUAUCUUAGAUGAGUCAAUUGAGCCUCUCGGAUUGUCAAACUGUCAAAACCGGGCUUAGGCCAUAAGAUAUGCCCGAGCGGCGAUAAAGUUCCAAC